AUGGUCGGGCUGCCCCCCGGGUGGGAGUCCGACUACGACGGCAAGCGCUGGUUCUACACGUACAAGGCCAGCGGCCACAUCCAGUACCACUUCCCCUCCGAGGGCGACGAGUUCCCAGACUACCUCGAUGCCUCCGCCCCGGCGCCAGACCUCGCCCCCGAGGAGCGUCUCGAGUCGCAGCAGCAGCUCCGCCGGCAGACCACCACCAGCGCCGCCAGCGCCGCCGCCAAGCAGCUCUCGCCACCGAGCCCUCACCGCGCGGGCAAUGGCAACGCCAAGCCGGGCAUGUCCGCCACGGCGCGGCCCGUGAGCGCCAUAUGGGAAGGCGAUGGCGGCGGCGACGACGAUGCCGAGCAGGUCUUUCAGCCCGAGAACUUCAUGUUCCUCGGCCCCGGCACAUAUACCGAAGUGAGCCCGCUCAACGAGGAGGAGGAGGAGGCGGCCCGCAGAGUCGUCGCAGGCGGCAUUGGCGAGAGGGUGGCCGGCGACGGCACUGCCGCUGGCGGGUCUGCUGCUGGAACCAAGGCCGUGAGCCCAGUGGCCAGUACGGCGACGACCCCCAUGCUGCAGAAGAGCGAGGCGUCGGCGUCUCCUCCUGUGCCGGCUGCGGGCCAGCAGAUUGUCGUUGAGAGCCCUCCGAUUGAGGCGGAGCCAGUGUCGAUGCCGCCGCAGGAGGAGCAGCCUGUGGUGCACAUGAUCGACAGUCGCGAGAUGCCGCAGGAGCUGCCGGUGCCGCCCCAUGUAUUCGACCCCGUGGGCGUCGUGGCCGAGAUGCCAACAGAACACACGGCCGUGGCGCAUAUCGAGCUGCACCCGGACCCGGUUGAGAUGGGCGACAGCUCAGUCCUCGCUCCGAUCGAGACGGCCAUGACUGCACCUGCUCUGGGAAUGGCCGAGCUGCCGGAACGGAGCAGCCCUGUCGAGCUCAAGCUGCCGCAAAAGACUGAAAAGACGGAAGAAGUGGCCACCGCGGCUGUCGCCACGGAGCAAAAACCGGACAACGCCCAGCACUCAUCGCAACACGGCGUGGCUUCUCCAAUGAGCGGAGUAAAUGGCCAUCCAGUCUCACAGGCACCGCCCCCAGGAGCCCAGGGUACGAAUGAGUUGGUGGUGACGGGUGUUGAGACCAGUCAAGUCCAUCAACAGUCACCUUAUAUAGUCGUUCAGGAGCAACAGCCUCAGGUACAAGUUCAACAACAGCAACAACAACCACAACAGCAUCAGCAGCAGUCGCAACAGCAGCAACCAAGUCAUCAGUGGUCGGAGCAACAGGCUCAGGUUCAAGUUCAGCAACAGCAGCAACAACCACAGCAGCAACAGCAACAGCAUCAGCAUCAGCAUGGGCAGCAGUACCAAUACCAGCAGCAACAGCCACCUAUUGCGCAACAAUGGACACAACCGUCUGUUACACAACAGGGCUACCAGGCUUCGAUACCCCAACCUGGAGCCUCCGCGCACCAGCCUGAGCAGGCGCUUGAGCCGCAGCAGACGCAGCAACAUCCCCAAGGCCAGCCAGCUGCGCCGGCCCCAGAACACGCAAAGCAGCCGCCUGAGCAGUUUCAGCAAUCGGAGCAGUCCCAAGUUGCCCAGCCGCCUCACCAAGGCCACCAGCCUCAGCAGCACCCUCAGCAUCCGCAACCUGCGCAGCCCGAGCGACAACAACAGCAGCAGUUUCAGCCGUAUCAGCAAGUCCAGACGCAGCUAUCACAGCCAUUGCAGCAACAGCCGCAGAACCAGAACAUCCAGCCACCUUCACAGCCUCCACAGCCUCAGAGUCAACCACAGUACCAACCCUUGCCCUCUGAGCAGAGUCAUCAGGCCAAGCAAGCAGGAGCGCAGUAUCAGGCGCCGCAGCAAGCUCAACACCAGUGGCAACAGCAAUGGUCUCAGCAGCAAUCGCAAAGCCAGCCACAAUCGCAAACCCCCCAACAAGACUUACCUGAGCAGUUCAAGAUCACGAGGAAGCCAACUGGCGGGCUCGAUCCACAAGCAUACCGGCCGUACAGCCCUGGGCAAGCGUCGGCUGAUACAUCGGCGCAACUCGCUUCGGAUAGACGGAAGGGCAGCGCUGUGGCUCUGCAACGUGAAGCAUCGCUGAUGCUUGGGCCGAAGUCGGGUGCACCCACCGUCGAUCCCAGCACCGUCCCUCGGAUAUUGUCGCCGGCACAGAUGCCUCCGCAGACCUCUGCAGCAGAGGUUAUGCAUCAACCUGCGUCCCAGCCAACUACAUCAACGCCCAGUCAACCAGCAGGGGAGGUAAAACCCAAGCAGGAAUCGACUCAAGAGCAAAGCCAGGGCCUGGCACACUUUCCUUCGGUGCUACAGCCUGCAUCCAAAAGAUUGUCUACCCAAGGCAUGCCGCAGCCAGUAGCCCCUUCGCCCGCUCAGCCACCAUCGACAUCCACAUCUCAAGCUCCCCAAGCUCCCCAGAAGGGCCACGGGGUCCUGUCCAAGUUCCCGUCUAUCCUCAAGCCCGCACGUGGGAAAGCGGCCACUCCCGGGCCCCAGCAAGUGCCACCCCAAAUGCAGACAACUCAGCCAGCACAAGCUCCCGUCGCAGGCGGUGGGCCUGUAGGUUCGGGACAGCAGCCUCUGCGCCCAGAGAUGCCGAGGCACACUACUGUGCCUGGCCAGUUGCCCUCUCAGGGUCCUGCGCCUCCUGGUACGCAGGUAAACUUGCCAUAUCAUGGAGCUCCCGGUCCACUGUCUGCUCCUCAGGGGCCUUGGCAGAUUCAACAGCCCAUGAGGCCGGCGAGCGUCAUGCCGGCUAUUGGAGGCAGCUACUCGCAGCCGAACCAGUGGGCAGCGCGUUAUCAGCAGGUUGCGCCUGGUGCCCCAGGUCAGGUUGCUUCAGGACCGUCUCCGCCCGGCCAGUUUGUCCCGCAGCAGUAUCAGCAAGCCCCCGGCAUUCAGUCGUCACAACCGGCUAGACCUCAGAGCGCGAUCGGGACUCAUGCUCCACCCAAGCCCGCACCGGCUGCCACGACCCAGGGCACACAGGGACCACCACAACAGCAAACGGACCCAACCCAGACCACGCCGAUUCAAGCUGUCCGGCGCGCCUCAACUUUCAGCCCGGGGGACGUGUCGCCGAUUCGGUCCAGGUCUGAGAGCCAGUCGUCCGGCCUGCCGGUGCAGACCCCGUCCCCGAUCGAACCUUUCCGACGAGACUCUUCCAACCCAUCGCUCCCGUCACUGGCACAGAGUGUCAACGGCCCUGGCUUCACACCCUCCCCGGUAACGGGCACUCCUGGGUCUGCUUCCCAGGUGACGGCUCAAGCACCUCAAGGCCCUCCUCGACCAAGCAAACUACCGCUGCAGCAUGCUCCAGGCUCCUUCUUUCCGAAUCAAGGCUCCGCCACCACACCAUCACAGCAGGGCCAGACACCAGCGCAGGCGGGCCCGUCAAAUGCUCCGCAGCCACCUGCGAUACCGGCACCUCUCCUUAGCAGUGAGUAUCCGAUAGGAUAUCAGGUGGUCGCGGCGACGCCCUCGAAGAAAGCACCCGCUCCAGCCAAACCCAUCGAGCCCCCGCAAGAGAGUGAUCAGAAGCAGCAGCCCCAGCAGCAGCCCCAGCAGCAGCAGGUCGUACCACCUCAGCCUUCAGACCAAAAGUCCACGCCGUCGACACCGGGUCACCUGCUUGGUCGCAUUGAGGAGCACGACGAGUCCGAGGCUGUCUCAGAGCCAAACGCAACUCCGCUGGGAACGCGGCCCAGCUCCAUUGGCUCCAGCCUGCCGCAUUCCCCUAGCCUUCAGAGGCAGAGCCUCCAGCCAUCGCCAGCGCAGUCGACUGUGCUGCCGCAACCACCAGCGCAAACACAGGGACAGGGGCCACCCGCUCAGCAAGGCACUGUGCCGGGCCAACCGCAACAGCAGCAGCAGCAGCAGCAGCCAGCACAAGUUCCCCCACAACAGCCGCAUCAUGGCCAAGGCCAGGGCCCGCACACCCCUCAACAAGGGAUGAUGCCACAUUCAGGGCAUUACCAAGGCAUGAUACCGCCUCAAGGACAGAUGCCAAUGGGUCCCGGAGCCAUGGCGCCUCAAGGCUAUGGCGUCCCCGGGCAGCACUUCUCGCAGCAACCUCAAUGGGUGAUGCCUCAAACAACUCAGGCCGGUCCGGCGUCCCCCCAGAGCGGGAACGGUUCGACGAACAAGGACAAGGACAAGAAGUGGACAAAGUGGUUCAAGAGCUCGAAGCCCUCUGCAAGCCAAAAGCCUCCGCAGCAAUUUGUGCAACAACACCCGGGACAAGCGCCUUCUCAAGGACAUCCCAACCAACCUCCACCGAACUGGGCCGCCGGGCAGUAUGCGCCACCACCUGGAUGGCAUCCCUCCCAAGGGCCGCCUCCACCAGGAUUUCAACCCGGCAUGCACCCACAAUAUGGAUAUGGGCCACCAAUGGGCGGACCGAUGCCUCCAGGAAUGGCGCCUCCUGGGCAGAUGCAGUUCGUUCCCCAGGGAAGGCAUAGCAUGUCAGACUCUGCCUCUACGUCGACGGUAGCAUCGGCACUGCCUCCCCAUAUGCAACAGCAUCCGCAUGGACAAGCACCGGGUCAAGCCACUCCACCGCAGAACCAGGCCCCGCCGAACACCGCAGGCCCUUUUCCUGCGGGAGGAGGCAAUGAGUCGCAUCACUCCAAAUCCAAUUCCAUCGCCAGCCUGCCACCGCAGGGUCAGGCGACCCCGCCCAUGCCAGGUCAACAUCCCGGACAGAGUUCAAAACCCUCGUCGGAGCAUAAUUUGAUGCCAGCUCCGCUGUUUACAAGCCAGGGCACGGCGAUUCCGAACCCAGGGCAAGCCGGUGGAAGCAACAUGGGCGGCCAGCAGGCGGCUCAGAGCCAGCCUCUGGACGACAAGUGGUCCAAGAAGCCCGCGGCAGACUACUCUGGUGGUGACUGGGGCGAGGAUGAUCAGUGGCAGAGGCAAUAA